GUGCGCUGUUUCCCUCGGACACAGCGGAUCACUGAUCCACAGAAAGAGCCAAAGAUGUCAGCUCAGUCAUGUGAUCAGCUGUGUCCAAUCACAGCUGAUCACAUGGGACAUCUACACUGAUCAUCAGAGCACUGAUGAUCAGUGUGCCCUGAUGAUCAGUGUAGCCCCAGCAGUGCCACCUGUCAGUGUUCAUCAGUGCCAGCUGUCAAUGCCACAUCAAUGCCACAUAUCAGUGCCCAGCUGAGCUGCCUUUCAGUGUCACCUAUCAGUUCCAGUCAGUGCCACCUAUCAAUGCCAAUCAGUGCCACCUAUCAGUGCCAGUCAGUGCAGCCUAUGAGUGCCAGUGAGUGCCACCUAUCAGUGCGCAUCAGUGCUGCCUAUCAGUGCUUGGCAGUGCCGCCUAUCAGU